AUGACAAAUGCAGGCACGAAGGGGUCAUGGCUGUCGCAGCCGACGGUGAAGAGUGUGCUAGUGUAUCGUAAUGGGGACCCUUUCUUCCCAGGGCGUCGUAUUGUCAUCAACGAGAAGAAAGUGUCCAACUUCGAGGUAUUCCUGAAAGAGGUGACAGGCAGAGUGAAGGCACCCUAUGGAGCUGUGCGGAACAUCUAUACCCCCCGAGGCGGGCACCGUGUUCGGCAGCUGGAGGAGCUUCAGAGCGGAGAGCAGUAUGUGGCUGGCGGCAGGGAAGCCUUCAAGAAGCUCAACUAUUUCGACAUUGGAGAAACAAAGAAAAAACCUGCUGAAGUCAAUAAUGAGGUCAAGCCAGUUACUCACAGUAGAAUCACUGCCUCAGCACGGUUUCGGAAACCGCUGCAGGAGCCCUGCACUAUUUUCCUGAUUGCUAACGGAGAUGUUAUUAGCCCUGUAGUGCGCCUCCUCAUUCCCAGGAAAACGCUGAAUAAUUGGGAUCACAUCCUUGAAAUGGUUACAGGAAAAGUUACCCUCAGAAGUGGAGCUGUUCACAGACUUUAUACUUUAGAUGGAAAGCUUCUUCAGAAUGGAUCAGACUUGGAGAAUGGGCAGAUUUAUGUUGCAGUGGGUAGAGAAAAGUUUAAGAAGUUGCCAUAUGGUGAUCUGCUCUUUAGCAAAUCUACAAUGAGAAGGCCACCAGGUUCCAAAACCUCUGUACUACCUCCUAUUGUGGGAUCUCGAAAGUCCAAAGGCAGUGGAAAUGAUCGGCAGUCUAAAUCUACUGUUGGGUCCAGUGACACUGGAGAAAACAGUUCCUCACCUCAGCUUCCCAAAGGGAAAGAGAGAAAAAGCCAGAAUCCAGCGGAUUCUGUGUCCAGACAACACUUUUCUGCUAACUCUACCAAAGUGAAACAGACUGUAAGAGUAACAGCUUCCACAGGACAUCUUCAAGAUGAAGAUCUUUACAAAGCAAGAGAAGAGUCUGAAAUGUGGGGGGCAGCAGAAGUACAGGAAGAUGAAGAUACUCAUGUAGAAGUUCCACUGGACCAGAGACCAGCAGAAAUUGUAGAUGAGGAAGAAAAUGCAGAAGAGGAAGAUGACAGGGGAGAAGAGGCAUAUAAUGGAAAGGAAGAAUACCUAGAUGUGAAUGCAGAGGAAAAUGGGGAAAACGUUAACAGUGAAGUGGAAGAAAACAAGAUAAAAUUAAAGGAGAAUGAUGAAGAUGAAACUCAAGAAACAGAGAAUGUUGACCACGCAGAGGAAGAGAAACAUUCCCAUUUAAAUGGCAAGAAAAAUGAAGAAAAUGGUGAGGGAAUGCAGCGCUUCAACUACCAAAGUGGUCUUCAGCCUGAAGAAGAAACAAAAGAGGACCCUGACAGUCAGAACCAGGUUGAUUCCCAUCUUGAAAAAACAUCCACAAAUCCAAGGGUGACAAUCACCAGCCCACAGGAAAGUGAAAAAAAUGACUAUGCUGCAGUUUCAUAGAUAGAGAAAAUGUAAUGAGCAGAAAAUGAAUGAUUAUAAUACUUUAAAAAUAGAGCAUGGGGUUUUUUUGUGUUUGAUAACUUAUAAUGGGAAGAUAGGUUGACUGCCCACAUACUGAGUCUUUAGAAGAUGCUGCCAUAUGUACUGAUAGAGAAAACAAAUAUUAAUAGCUACUAGAAGAACACAAGAAUUAUAUUUACAAAGUGAGAUUUUCCAAUAGAAUUUGAUGAGGGAAAUACAAGAGUCCUGUAUAGUAGUAUUAGAAAUAAUUUGACUAUUCUGUGGCACAAGAUGGCUAGCAGUAAUAGAAUAUAACCACAAAAAUUACACAUAGAAUCAUAGAAUCAACCAGGUUGGAAGAGACCUCCAAGAUCAUC